CAAGUGCUGCCCCGCCCCUCCCACUUCUGCCAGGAGAAAGGGACUUGAAAACCCUUCAACAAAUUUUAUGACGAACUAGCAGUUUUAACUGAAAGCGUCUCAUUUUACGGCCUUUCAUCAGUAUGUAAGCCAGGGCUGUUUAUUUGGUGGUAGUUUCCUGUGCCGCGUCCUCCUUCCUUGAGCUCUACCUUGUUGAAAGCCAGGCCACAGAAGAAGAUGGGUGUAUGACCAGUUCUAACAGAGAGGAGGGAAAAGCAAGACAGAGGUUUCCUGUCACUUGUUGCAGCUCAGAAACAGUAGCCAAGAGAAGGAAAGCCUGCAUACAAGGUGUGUCAUGAUGUCAGAGACAGAUGGGAAAGAAGCUCCAGCUGCAGAGGCCACAGCAGAACACAUGUCCAGCACUCAACAGGUACAAGGUGGAGCAUCUCUGCCUGUGGCCUCCGCACAGUCUUCUGCCCCCACAGGAACAGAGGAUGAGGAUGAAAGCGAAGACGAGUCAGAGAUCCUGGAAGAGAGUCCCUGUGGUCGUUGGCAGAAACGUAGAGAGGAGGUGAAUCAGCGUAAUGUCCCUGGGAUAGAUGCUGCGUACUUGGCUAUGGACACAGAGGAGGGGGUGGAGGUAGUUUGGAAUCAAGUCAUGAUCUCAGAGAGGAAGAACUUCAAACAGCUGGAGGAGAAAGUGAAGGCUGUGUUUGAUAACCUAAUCCAUUUGGAACAUGCAAAUAUUGUCAAGUUUCACAAGUACUGGGCAGACACAAUGGAUAACCGGGCCAGGGUCAUUUUUAUCACUGAAUAUAUGUCAUCAGGAAGCUUGAAGCAGUUUUUGAAGAAGACAAAGAAGAAUCACAAAAGCAUGAAUGAAAAGGCUUGGAAGAGAUGGUGCACACAGAUCCUGUCUGCUCUCAGUUAUCUCCACUCAUGUGACCCUCCCAUCAUCCAUGGCAACUUGACCUGUGACACCAUCUUCAUUCAGCACAACGGGCUCAUCAAGAUCGGAUCAGUUGCUCCAGACACCAUUAAUAACCAUGUGAAGACUUGUCAUGAGGAACAGAAGAACAUGCACUUCUUUGCUCCAGAGUAUGGAGCAGUUGAUGAUGUCACUACAGCUGUAGACAUCUAUUCAUUUGGCAUGUGUGCCUUAGAGAUGGCGCUCUUAGAGAUCCAGGGGAAUGGAGAGUCCUCUUACGUUUCUCAGGAGGCCAUUAACAGUGCCAUACAGUUACUGGAGGACCCACUGCAGAGGGAGUUAAUCCAGAAGUGCCUUGAUUGUGAUCCCAGCACAAGGCCUACAGCCCGAGAGCUGCUGUUUAACCAGGCUCUGUUUGAAGUACCAUUGUUAAAACUGCUGGCUGCGCAUUGUAUCGUCAGCCACCAACAUAUGAUUCCCGAAAAUGCCCUCGAGGAGAUAACAAAGAACCUGGACCCCAACCUGGUCAUCGCUGAGACAAAGGAUGUUCAGCUCAAGCUUUUGCAGUUUCCUGCUUUGGAGCUUGAUAAAUUCCUGGAGGAUGUGAGGAACGGUAUUUAUCCAAUGACAGCAUUCGGACUGCCCUGUUCACAGCAGCCUCAACAGGAAACUGUACAAUCUCCUGUUGUCAUCCCCUUGGUCAAAUCCCCCACCCCUGAACCUGCGGAGCUCGAAACACGACGGGUCAUUCAUAUGCAGUGUAACGUUGAACCUGUUGAGGAGGGUGCAAAGUUUCAUCUGACAUUACUGCUGAAACUUGAGGAUAAACUGAAUAGACAUCUAAGCUGUGACAUGUUACCUCAUGAGAAGGUUCAAGUAUUGGCUGAAGAGUUGGUGCAGCUGGGCUUAAUCAGUGAGUUGGACCAAAACAAAAUAGCCUGUCUACUAGAAGAAACCUUCAGCCAAGCUCUUCAGUAGCAAGAGUUUCCUCAACCAUGUCUCUGUCUAAGUACACUCUCUCAAUCCUGUUAUACACAGUGACUGUAUUUUGUGUUCGUUUGUUUUUUUUUUUUCCUAUCUUUUAUACCAAGCUGUAGGUGGCAAUGUGACCAAAAAUGUGGGUUUUCUCCUUGGAAUCAGGGAUUAUAACUUCCUAACCGCACACAAAACUUUUAAUAUAAAGCCAGUUUUACUCCAAAGAAGCCACAUAGAGUGAUUUCACAUUUUAGGUUGGCUGUUAAGUUUAAUUAAAAGAUAAACCUCAUUAAUGCUGCAAGAGACACAACAGCACUGACUAGAUUACUUGCACCUGUACAAUGAAACCUAGGUUUUCUCAAACACACUGUUGUAUUUCAACUAUGACCUGUUUACAUUAUGAAAUGCCUGGCCUGUUUGUGUUCUCAGAUGAGAUCAUCAGGCUUUCUCUCCAGUUGUACCUCAUCUAUGAACUCACUUUUCUCAACCAGCAAAAGUAUAACUUCCCUAGAGAUGGAGGGAUACAUUUCUACCCAAAGAAAAUGUUACAGAUUAAGCCAACCCAUUCCUUUCAACCAUUCUCAUUUCGCAUGGUUCCCCCUCUCAGUUGGCUCCUUUUUUAAAUUCACCUCAUAUGACAGAACAUUCCCAGGUCUUUGACCUUUGUGACCAAACUAUCACCUGUCAUGUUAAAUAUAUAGAAUAGUUUGAAAACUGGAUCGCAAAGAUGGAACCAUCUUAGUUAAUUAUUUAAUGGAUAAAUAACCAUGGUUAAUAUUUUUUAAAACCUUUCACACAAAACAAAAUGUAUGUGCAUUACUGCAUAUCACAAUGUGGCCAGGCAUCUUGCCAGUUCUUUCUGGAAGAUAGUUACUGUGAGGUACUGUGAACUCAGUGUUACUGAAUUUCCGUUUGUGUGUAUGUUUUUAUAUUUCGCUCUACUGUUUGCCUUACUAUGGGCCUACGCACAUGCCUUAAAGUUCUCUUGUCUCUGUUUGUUUUUAUUAUUUUAUGAAUUGUUUUACCAUUUGCUGCUUGUCGGGUUCACACAUGUUACUCUGCCUUAAAGAUAAAUUCAUGUGGGACUUGUAUAGUGAACUCGGCUGCCAUAUGCUGUAGAGAGAGGACCUCGCCUUGUCCUGAUACGUCUGUGUGAGAGUUUCAUGUUUAUUUAUGUUACAGAUACUGUAUAUCAUGUGUUUUUCUUUACUAAUUUCCCUUUUGUUUACUGUUGUUUCACAUGGAGACCACACCAUCAAGAGUCUGAGUCAAUAUAAAACUUCUCAUCUCUGUUGCUUUUGUUUUCAUUUGAUAGAAGUCCAUUCGAUAAGUGGGACCUUGUGGAUUCAUAUUAUCCUUCACAGAGUGCCGAGGCUCCUAAACUUGAACACAACAUUUUACAUCUUACAGGUCUUGUUUAGACUUGUAUUGAGAUCAGGGAGUUGCCUACGGCCUUUUUGUGACAGUUUGGCUCAGACCUCUGUGGACUCCUGGUACUACUGUGUCUGAAAGCUCACACAGUUCAGUCUUAAAGAGGCAGUAAGAAUGCAAACAGAGUAGAACAUUCUCAAUAUGUUUGUAGAUAUUAUUGCAUACAAUAACUUCCCCUGUUCUGGUAUUUUAUUUAAAUUAUACAGAGAGUGUCUUAGAAUCAAUCUGCCAGCUUAAUUUAAGACUACUGUAUGAGCUUUCAGACGGAGCUAUCCUCUGAUGCUGGUUAUUAUAAUGUUAGAUUGGACACCUCACUAGUGAGAUCAGAUUAAUCCAAUGAUCUCAACUCAUGUAUUUCUGAAGUAUUUUUUAAUCUUAUUCAGGCAACUGUCAUGCUCCAAUCUGCUAUUUUCUGUACGCAACGUGUGUUGUCCAUCUUUACGCAUUGUUUACUUUAUUCUCCUCUCUAUGUAUGUCUAUUUGUGAACUGGUAAGAUUGUAUAUUCCAAAGAUAUGUUCAUAAGUUAGCCAGUAGAAUGUACACACAUCACUUCUUGUAUAGAGGAGUGGUAAAAACCAACCAAUGUGAUCGCCAGAGCAGCUUUGUACUGACUCUGUCUUUAUAGCUCUUUAUAGUUUCUGGUGGUGUUGAAACUGGCUAUUAAAUAAUAGUACGGGAUGGGCAGCUUGAGCCUGUUACUCCAGGAUGUGAGGUUUUGGUUAUAUAUGGUUAUAUUUUGUAUAUGACAUGAAUGUUGGUAAAUGUGUGUGUCUUUUCUGAAAUGUGUAUCCUGACAAAAACUGCAUAGUAUGAGUGGUCUUUCAAAUAAAUGUGUCAAGUGUU